UGCUGCUCUCCCAUGUGUCUCGUCAAUAUUGCAAACUUGACAACGGCGGUGGUGAUGGGGUUGACGAUGACGACGCGCGGAGCCGCUAGCUCAGGGUCGGAGGUCGGCAUUUCAGCCUAUCUUUAGCAUGUGCAUCACCACGGGGCUCCUCCUUUCAUCCCACCUGGUAGCAUUCCCGCCGUGUCUAUUGCAUAUCGUCUGUCUUUAUCGUUUCCUGUAUUUUCGAUACAUUCUUGUCAUAUUCAAUUGCUCUUUGGCAUCCUCGAAUGCUGGCCCUGUGUUCCGCGGCGCAGCAGUCGCGUUUAUUCCAUUUUAGUUUGAGAUACCCUCAAUAGACAUUAUGAGCCCCAUUAUCCGACGCAUUGCUGUGCUAUUUGUAUUCGCUACCUUUGUCACCCUUGCCUUUCGCCAACUCAGCGCCCGAAACGGACUCCCUCUACCGACCUUCACCUCGUCAACCCGAAUCGAUCACGCCGUACAAUGGAAGAGCAUUCCAGUGCGAAACCCAAUAUCAUCGCUAGCCACCCUCCCCACUGGCGCGCCGGUCGCCAUCCCGAGAAUCCAACACGAAUUUGGAAUUGAAACCGAACAUAACAAGGCGGAGAGGCUACAUAGACAAGCUGCUGUAAAGAAGGCAUUCUUGCACAGUUGGGGAGGAUACAAGACCCACGCGUGGCUGCAGGAUGAAGUCACUCCGGUAACAGGAGGCUUCAAGAAUGGCUUUGGGCAGCGUGGAGCAACCUUGGUCGACGCCUUGGAUACUUUGAUCAUCCUAGGCUUAGAAGAGGAAUUCGAGGAGGCUGUACAUGCCAUCAAAAAGAUUGAUUUUACCACUGCAGGUGUUGCGCGCCUAAAUGUCUUCGAAACGACUAUUCGCUACCUCGGUGGUCUUCUGAGUGCAUACGAUCUUAGCAAGGCGAAGCACCAUACAUUACUACACAAGGCGACCGAAUUGGGGGAUAUGCUAUACGCCGCCUUCGACACGCCGAACAGGAUGCCCAUCACUCGGUGGGACUGGGAGAAUGCUGCUCUAAACGGCCACCAAGAGGCUGAUGCGCAAGCCCUCAGCGCCGAGAUAGGAUCGCUCUCACUUGAAUUUACCCGCCUGUCGCAACUCACCGGCGACGCGAAGUACUACGACGCGAUAGCGAGGAUAACCGACGUGCUCGAAAAGCAUCAGAACCAGACGAAGAUACCUGGCUUAUUCCCAAUACUAGUCAGUCCAGGUCGGGAGGAAUACGACGUCGACGGGUCGUUCACAAUGGGUGGGAUGACCGACUCACUAUACGAGUACUUGCCGAAGCAGCACUUGCUUCUCGGGGGUUUGACAGACCAAUACCGGAAGCUAUACGAGCGCGCCAUUGAGCCAGCGAAAGAGCAUUUAUUUUUCCGGCCCAGAGUCCCCCAGGGUCAAUCCAUUCUCGUCUCUGGUGAUGCGCGCAUUAGUACAUCAGGGUCUGUCAAGCUCGAACCCAACGGCCAACACCUUGCUUGCUUUACGGGUGGCAUGGUUGCUUUGGGCGCCAAGAUCUUCAAUCGGACGGACGAGCUAGACAUUGCUCGCAAGCUAGUAGACGGAUGUACCUGGGCUUAUGAUACGAUGCCUACGGGUAUCAUGCCGGAAACAUUCCGGAUGAUGCCGUGCUUUGGAGAAGAAGAUUGCGUGUGGGACGUGGAGAAAUGGCAUGCCUCUGUCAGGUACUCCUACUCCAACAACAUUCACGCGGAGCAUUAUGACGUUCAAGACGUCAUCAAGGAAGUGGGACUGCAGCCUGGUUUCUCCAAGAUUGGUGACCCGCGAUUUCUGCUACGACCGGAAGCCAUCGAAUCAGUCUUCGUGCUCUAUCGUAUCACCGGCGACACCACCCUCCAAGACACUGCCUGGCGCAUGUUCGAGGCCAUCAACAACGCCACUCAUGCGGAAUUCGCCCAUUCUGCCAUCGCCGACGUCACAAUACCACAAGGUCAAGAGACACUCAAGUUGGAUGAAUGCGAAAGCUUCUGGAUGGCGGAAACUCUAAAGUACUUCUAUCUGAUCUUCAGCGAGCCAAGUCUUGUCAGCUUGGAUGAAUAUGUAUUCAAUACUGAAGCACAUCCACUGCGCCGGCCGCAUUAGGAAGAUAAAUCACCCAUCUUGCACUUACAUACCGAUCUACAAAAAAUCAAAAUUUGCACCGUUCAUGUACUACAUUAAUUGCUUCUACGUGUACGGGGUAAUACAUCCCGUGUUUUCAAGCCCUGCCCGCCCAUUGGCUACUCUAGAGACGUUGAAUGAAGCGACUAUCGAGCUCCGUUCAGCUAUCCCUAGCUCGCAUCCUACCGUUGACAGAUCAGUUCCUGAUCGGUUCGCGCUGCCGCAAGCCUGGUGUGUAGGCAUGUACGAACUAGCGGACAUGCUGGAUGAGAUGCACAGUGCGGAUAUAACACCCCAUCAGUACGUAGCGGGCACGCCCAUG